AUGCAUUCCACCGACGGAGAAUAUGACCAUGAUGCUAUUAUGCAUCUCAAAUCUGCAGAAAGUCAUACGAAGGAGGAAGCUCGGGAGAUCUCCCGUCGUAUCUUGGACAUCAUCCUCGAGUAUGCGCUCAAGAAGUUUGAUGACGCGAGUGACCGGUUGGAAGGGCUUAAGAGUCACUUCCUCCCGGUCAUCGAUGAAUUCGUCAUGACAGGGAGACGAGUACAGGCAUGCCUCCCAGCUUUCCCGUUCAAGUCUGCAAACAAGGUCUUCAAAGUCCUCGGCAGCCUACCAGAUAAAGCUGAAGAGCUAGCCCUCGAUCGGUUGAAUACUAUGUGCUUGCGCAUACAGCAAAUAUACCCACCUGGUGCCGCGGUCACCAUCAUCUCAGAUGGCAUAACAUACAAUGAUCUGUUGUGUAUCUCCGACCAGGAGACAUGGGCGUACGGGGAAGCUCUACGCAAGAUGGCCAUUCAAAACAAGUUUGAUUUCAUUUCCUUCUCUAGACUAAAAGAUCUGCUCGAAUUCCCCAUGCCAGAAAAGAUCAGCGAGAUAGUCUACGUUGCUAAUUGCACCACAUUUCGGCGAUUGCUCUUCAAUAAAUAUGGAAAAGAAGACCUCGACAUCGACUACGAAAUCCGCACAAAUCCUGACACAAAGUUGACCUUCCUCGGGUACAAGAGGUUCUUGGAAUCGGAUUUGAAGCACAUCUUUCCACGUGGAGCAAAUCGGAGUGCCAAUAGCUACAGGCGCGAUUGCAAGUAUCUUGCCAAACAGAUGCUGAUCAGAGGAUAUGCCUUUGCAGGAGCCGUCAAGAACGCCUACCCAAACCACGUGCGGCUUUCCAUCCACGAAUCGAUGGCCGGAAAUAAACUGUCCAUCAGUUUGCUAAACACAAAGACUGGGUUCACAACUCCAUGGCACUGCAGCGUUGCUCACUUAGCGACUGGAGAGUGGGUCAGCGCUCCCAUGGAAGAUUUCCGAAACGACAAUAGACUGGAGAUCGUGUACGUUGAUGGCCGACCCAGUCAUUUCAUGGAAAGUCGACAAGAUGGAGAUACUCUCGCUAUCACUGAAGCAACAGCAAGCUACCUUCAAAAGGCCAGACCACUCAGCGUCAGUGGAUAUCUCAGCAAAGCAUACAACACUCCCAGCCUCACACCUGCUAUUCCAUCGCCUGGCAACGUCUCCCUCUUUUCGUCUGCCGGGAGCACAGGAACGGUCACUACCCAAGAGAUAGCCUCCCCUCCCAAUGAGUUGAGCGGCUUAGGAAUAUCUUCUGAAAAGAUCCCAACCAUUCUUACAUUGUCAGAACAGCCCUAUGAGGCCGCUUCGAUGUCCUAUGGCGAGAGACUUCUUCCUCAAAUAAUGGACAGGUUGGCGGCUGCCGAGCCAGAGAGUAUCGUCUUUUCUCUAGCGACAUCUGUCGGCGAUUCGUUGGAUUUCAAGCAUAUCACCGCGCAGGUCUUCACACAGGCCAUUGACAAGACUGCUUGGUGGCUUCGAAAUCAGGUUGGCAAAUCUGACUCGAUCCAGCCUGUGGGAUAUAUUGGACCUCAUGAUCUGAGACACGUUUUGCUCACCUACGCAUGCAUCAAGGCUGGCUACACGGCUUUGUUCUUGUCACCCAAAAACAACACGGAAGGAGCACUCGCUGUCCUAGAGACAACUAAUUGCAAUAUAUGGGUCAAUGCCAGCGAUGUACCUCCAGUACCUCUAGUGGAUGAGAUCCUGGAGAAACGCUCCAUGAACCUUUUGCAGCUCCCUGUCCUGGAUGAGCUUCUCGACGCUACGUUAACCGAGCCUUUCCCUUAUACGAAGACAUUCGGAGAGGCCAAGAAUGACCCAUUCUGUAUACUUCAUACGUCUGGGUCUACGGGAGUUCCGAAGCCCAUUUCAUGGUCUCACGCACUGAUCGGUACUAUGGAUGCAGUGCGACUGCUACCACCUGUCAACGGUGAUGAUGGCCUGCUCCCAUGGACAUCCGACUGGAAAGAAGGAGAUAAAAUCUAUUCUUCUUUCCCCAUGAGCCAUGGGGCGGGAAUAAUUAUGGACAUUUUGAUGCCCGCAUUCUUCAAUCUGCACUGCGUUCUGGGGCCAGUAGGUGUUUCACCAAAUAUCAACCUUGUGGAAAGCCUUGCAGAACAUGCCAGCAUCGAUAUCUGGAGCAUGGUACCGUCGCUUGUCGACGAGUUGGGUGAAACGCCUCACGUAUUAUCAAAGUUGGAGCCAUCCAAAUUCAUCUGUGCAUCUGGCGGCCCGGUGAGCCCUGUCAGUGCUGGCAAGGUAAAUGAGGUGAUAAGAGUUCUCAACCUGACCGGUACCACAGAGGGUCUGUUUAUUGGCAAUCUCAUCACACCAAGAGAAGAUUGGUUCUGGUUUUGCUUCCAUCCCUACGCUGGCUUUGAGUUCAGGGAAGUAGAGGAGGGCACAUAUGAGCAUUGGGUGCACCGCAACGAGCACUGGUCCCUAUUCCAGGGCAUCUUCCAGACCUUCCCAGAUGAGUCGUCAAUCAACUUGAAGGAUUUGUACAUGCAACAUCCCACCAAGCCUAAUCUGUGGGCUUUCAAAGGAAGAAGCGAUGAUCUUGUCGUCCUUUCCAACGGAUAUAAGAUAUCGCCCUUGGAAACAGAAGCUUUUGUCACCACUCACCCUGCUAUCAAUGGUUGCCUCAUUUUCGGAACCGGAAAGCCUCAAGCAGGUCUUCUUAUUGAGUUGAAAGACUCAUCUGAAAAGACGGAAGAACUUCUAGACAGCAUUUGGGAAACGGUCAAGAAGGCCAAUUCUAUGUCCAGACACAAGAACCAGCUACUCAAGGACUUCAUCACCUUCGCAAACCCCGAGAUGCCCUUUUACCGCACAGACAAGGGCACUGUGAAACGGCCGGCUACCCUGAAGCUCUACGCAGACUACAUUGAGCGCUUCUACAGCUCUCGUGAUGAUGAUCCAGAUAAUAUCGUUACCCUGGACAUGAGCUCAACCAGUUCAAUUCAAGACUGCAUUCGCAAAACUCUCGCAUCUUCACUUCCCGAGGCCCAAGAAGCUUCCCUAGAUGCGGAUAUCUUUGCUCUAGGGCUAGAUUCCCUCGGUGUUUUUGCAAUCGUCAAGAUGAUCAGAGCAUCUACAGGGCUAACUGACCAGAUCGGCCCUCGUCAUAUCUACGCCAGUCCUACGAUUGCCAAGCUCACUGCUACUAUAGAAUCUUUAGUGGCUGAAGCAGAGAUUGCAAACAAAAAGGGUUCUUCUGAUCACCCUGCCAGUGAUGAAAAGACCAAGUUGAAUAGCAUGAUUGCUCAACACAAGGCAAGGCAAUCAUUCCGCUUGAAUGCAUUCGACUAUGUCAACCCAAACCACGGCAUGGGAAUGGUUCUCUACUUCUCACUUCAGGACGGCGUCAGUUUCGAAGAUACAUUUAGAAACUUGCAGGAGGGUCUAAACCGCACGUUUGAUCUAAUCCCGGCUCUCAGUGGCAAGAUAAUGAACUGCUCGGAGCAAGAGAUUGGAUACACUAAGGGAGAUCUCUGCGUCACAAUCCCACCUUUAGCUGCGGCAAGCUCUGCCUACAAUCGUCUUGUCUACAAGGACCUCUCUAAAGUCCUCCCUUCAUUUGAUAAGUUGCGCGAUGGAGGCUUUGCACCGUCUGCCUUCAAGGACGAUCUUGUGCUGAGGGAUGAUCCAUUUCCCAAGUUACCGGCUGAUAUCUUUGUCGGACAAGCCAACUUCGUCUCUGGCGGUUGUAUCCUCGCAGUUGAACUGAAUCAUACAUGUCUAGACGGACUCGGUGUCAUGGUCGCUCUCAAGGCCUGGGCCGAGAACUGCAGAUAUCUUCAAGGCGAUAAGUCCGCAACAUGCGACUGGUAUGACCCAGAAAGUUUCAACCACAGCUUGCCAGAGAUCAUCCACCAGCACGAAGGCUGGACCCGACCACUUCACGAAAUCGACCCUGGCACAUGGAACUUCCUGCCCUUCCACCCUCCAGAAGAAGAAGACCAGAUCAACAGCCCCGCGACAAAAACCACCGAAACUCAAUCCCUCACCCUCGAGAAGUCUUCAAAGGAAGCAUCUCUACCUCCCCGACACAAAUUCCCCCUCCACCCAAUCUGGCCACUACCCCACGCCGAAAGACGUCUCAAGACAACAAUGUUCCUCAUCCCAUCCGAGAAAGUAGAAAAGAUGAAGCAAGAAGUACUAUCCGACCCCGAAGCCAAAGGAAUAAUCAAAUCAACCAGCGACAUCCUACAAGCCUUCUUCUGGCGCGCCGCAAUCAAAGCCCGCUACCGCGUCGCAACCGAAAUCCGCAAGCAAACAUUCACACAAGACGAGGAAUCAAUUCUCGAGCUUCCCAUCGACGGACGGCCCUAUUUCUCCUCCCAACUACCAUCAACAUACAUGGGCAGCAUGCUCAUCCUGAACCGGUGCAGUAUGCCCAUCAACGACCUCUGCUCUUCCGAGACGACCAUCGGACGCGUGGCGUAUCUGCUCCGCCAAUCUGCUGCCCGUAUCACUCCCUCGGUUGUGCACGACGCGUUCACGAUCCUACAGUCACUCCCCGAUCAUAGCAGGUUUUCGACUGCGAAUAUGGGGCUUGAGCAUAUGCAUGCUAUGAUUUCUAAUAAGAUGAUGUUCCCUGUUGAUGAGAUUCGGUUUGGGACUGGGCUUUUCGCGAAUGGGGGGUUGCUUGAGUCGAUUCGGCCGCAGUUGGAGCGUGGGGCUGGUCGUUUUCGCUUCUUGGCUAUCUUUCCCUUGAGGAAGGAUGGGGGCGUGGAGCUGGUUUUGGGGACGCACAGGGAGGAGCUGGAUAUGUUUAAGACGGAUGAGGAGUUUAUGAAAUAUGCGGAUGUUAUAGAUGAGGGUUGUUAG